AAUUCUACCAUCACCGGAAAUUAUUACUUUACAGGAAAAUGACUGAUCGCUGAGUCGCAUAAUCUGAAAUCUUACGCGAACUGGAGCAAUUUCGACGUUAACCGUUUAAUGAUGGCUGAAGGAGGCAGUACAAGUAUUACAGACGUGACCGUGACAGAAACUAUCAUACAGGAGUCACCGCCAAGUCCACCUCUGAGGUUAAAACUGAAGAAGCCCAAACCUGACAAGAAAGUAAAGUGGACUUCAGAAACAGUGGACAAUGAAAACAUGGGCAAGAAGAAGUCCAAAUGUUGUUGUGUUUAUGAAAAGCCCAGAUCGUUUGGAGAAUCAUCUUCAGAAGAUGAAGGUGAAGAUGGAUGUUCGCAUCAUUGUCGUGGCCAUAAAAAGAAGUGCUACCAGGGUCACGGUCCAGAGGAUCACCACGACAACGGGGCAGGUCCGAGCACAGGUGGCGAGUCCAAUGGAGGAGACGGGAUGGCUGCUUCCAGUUAAUGCUGCAUUCUGUAUAUAGGCUGUUAAGUUUUGUACAUAUAUUGUAUAUCUGUAUAUUCUGAUUGUUGAAGGGGAAGUGAAACUAUCCAACCCUGAAUGUUUUUAAAGUGAACAAAUAGGCUCUUGGUGAUACAGAAUAUGAUACAGAUAUGAUAUCAUGCUAGAUUAUUCUUAACACAUUAAUAUCAGCAUCUAAGUGAGGGUUGUUCCUGAAUAGUAGUGCUGCUUUGGGGCUUCUAAUCUGGAUUUUAUUUUGAGGAGCAUCCUGCUGUUGUUUUUGUUUGCAUUUUUAAGACUUUUCAAAGAUUUGUUUGUUUGUUUUUUAAAUUAACCCUAAAUGAAAUCUGAUAACAUUUCUCAAUGUCAUAUAGCUGGAAUAUUGCUGAGGGCAUCAUUAAUCAACUAAGAACUACAUUCAUCAACUAAGAACUACAUUCAUCAACUAAGAACUACAUUAGUCAACUAAGAACUACAUUAAUCAACUAAGAACUACAUUAAUCAACUAAGAACUACAUUCAUCAACUAAGAACUACAUUAAUCAACUAAGAACUACAUUUAUCAACUAAGUACUACAUUAAUCAACUAAGAACUACAUUAGUCAACUAAGAACUACAUUAAUCAACUAAGAACUACAUUCAUCAACUAAGAACUACAUUAGUCAACUAAGAACUACAUUAGUCAACUAAGAACUACAUUCAUCAACUAAGAACUACAUUAGUCAACUAAGAACUACAUUAAUCAACUAAGAACUACAUUAAUCAACUAAGAACUACAUUAAUCAACUAAGAACUACAUUUCAUUUCUUUAGUUCAACUUUAGCCAUAUUAACUGAGAAAAUUUGUAAAAGUAAACAUGUGAAAUGGUCUGGCUGCAGGUAGAAACUGAGUUCUGGACCUGAGGUCACAUGACUGUCAUCUGUCACCAAUAAAGUGGUUUGUAGAAAACAUACUGAACUGAAUACUGUUGCUUGUCUGCACUAUGGCCACGUAUCCACACUUGGCUUGUGUCCAGCAAAGAAAGCCUGCAUGUUUACAAGGUUAACAAAGUUUCAUGCAUGGUUAAAAAACUAUUUAGGAUGAGAUGGUAAUGUGACUGUUAACCUUCUAGCGCCUCACGGGCAGCUUGGGUUGUAUACUCCCCAGGGAGCUGAGAAUAAAAACCAAGGUCCUUUCAUGCAUUGUUAAAAUAGUUGUAAGAUGAGAUGGUAAUGUGACUGUUAACCUUGUCGUGCCUCACAGGCAGCCUUGGUUGUAUACUCCCCAGGGAGUUGAGAAUGAAAUGUCUAGUGCUCACUGAUCAAAUGGCCGGUGUGUAAUAAUGCAACACUUUGAGCAGACAUUGCAUAUGAAGAUAUGUGCAGUACAGUAGGUCCUGUCAGGUGCACCAUGACCCUCCAAUCUAAAUGAGGGAUGUGUGGCUUCUUGAGCCAAUCAGAUGUUUAUCUUCACAAUUCAACUAAACAAACGGAAAAUCCACACAGAACACACAUAUUCAAUGGUUUUACCUUUCGUUGUAGGCACUCAGAAAUGACUGUGUGUAUAACAUAUCCACAACAACAUAAUGGCUCAGCCUUUAUUAUUUACAUUCAGAACUGGUCUUUUCGAGAUAUGCUGGUCUGAAUGCUUUGUCUACUUCUACUGAUUAAUUUGAAGCCCCUGUGUUGAGCGAUUGUUCAGGAAGUCUUAGAUUAGUGUAUCAGAGUUAAAGAUCUGAUUUUUAGAAGAGUGGCUGAUUAUUUAUUCCUUUAUUCUGUCAGACUGAAUUAUUUCAGUUACAGUGUGACAUUGUUUGUGUGUGACUACAGACAACUCAUUUGUAAGAGGCCUUUAGUACUAUGGGGCUGACCAUUUAACAAUCAGGGGAGGCCUGGGCUUUUUAAGAGACAGAAUAUUUUUUCAGUCAGUGCUUCAAGAUGGACAAUUUUCUGUACCCUCAACACAAGUUAUUUUUAAAAACAACAAGCAUAUUCAAUUUGAUUAUGUACCAAACAUUUCAGCCUUUUCAUAAAGAAAUAAUAUUUAAAAAAUAUAAUCCCAGUUCCACCCCACCCACCCACCCCUAAAACACGAAAUGGUUUGCCCCUCACUGGCUUUAUUGUCUUGGUUAAUCUACAAUUAAUAAUCAUCAAAAAUUGUUUAAUCCUUUUAUCUGACCACUAAUGGAAAUUAAGUCAGUACAUGUAGUUAUACAUUAUGCAUGUUAUGAGCCAAAUCUGUCAGAUGUAUUUUUGUUUGUUUUAUUUUUUGUUUAUUGCAUUUUAGAUUGACUCAAAUUGCUGUAGACUGUUAAGCUAAUUCCUUUAGGUAGCUGUUAUAUACCUUCAUAAGUCAUCAUGCUUAUCCUCUCGCUUGAAGUCUCGGACAUGUAUCAUACCAUGGUAUAUUGAUCAUGCAGUUUGUAUUUUUCCAUACCAGUGAAGAUCAAGGUAGAAUAGGUCUUUAACAACCCAUGCUUGCCGUAAAGACAACUAUGCUUUUCGUAAAAGGCGACUAACGGGAUCGGGUAGUCAGCCUCCCUGACUUGGUUGUGCAUGUCAUCGUAUCCCA